AUGUUUGCAUUCUCUAAGGGUUCCCAGCAAAUAAAACCAUCGUUAUUUGACAUACGAAUACACUCUGCCGACAGAAAUAUACUAUUUCUAGAAGGGCAGACGGCGGAAGCCAACUCUCUCGUAAUUUCCGGGCAUGUCGUAUUUGCUCUUCCUGAAACGGUCAUGAUAAAGUCUGUAUCGUUGAGUCUUCUUGGCACUUUCCGGCUGGACUUUCUCGAAAGCUUUCAGGAUGACACUGGUAAGAUCAUAGCUGCGUGUCCUAUCAGAAGAGAGAAUGAAGUGGUUAAGUGCGUAUGGAAAAAUCUUCUAACUAGUGCUCAUGGCGAACUGCUCAAGACAGGUUGCGAAGAAAAGGAUGGCAAGGCUGACUCCUUUGCUCCUGUAGCAAGUCAGUUGGCUGGAAGACUUACAGGUUCAAGAUCGAAAAAGCCCAUCAUAAUGUUCUUUUCUGAGAAUAUACCAUCUGGAGAAACUCCCUUCCCCGGAACCUCAGAUUCCUCCUUGCUUUAUGAGCUCCCACGAGGAAACUACUCACUUCCUUUUGAAGUAAUGCUUCCUGGUAAUAUUCCAGAAACAGUCGAAGGUCUUAGGUGUGGUGUUGUAUUAUAUAGAUUGCAGAGCAUAUUGGAAUGCUCUAAGCAGUUCAGAAAAGAUUCCAGAACAAGCAAAUAUCUUCGAAUCUUUAGAAGACCGCUUACCACUGAGGUGACGCUGUGUGAAGAUUGUUCUGUGGAGAACACCUGGCCCGGAAAGAUGCAGUACGAAGUUAGACUACCGAGACGUGCUAUUCCAUUGGGUGGUAGAACCAAAAUACAUAUUCUCAUCAUUCCUUUGACUAAAGGUCUCAAGCUUGGUAAGAUGACUGCCUCAGUUCAGCAAUAUUUUUCGCUCAAGGGGGAUGAUGAUGAAUCUUUUGAAGAUGAAAAGACCGUGUAUAAAUGUACGUUACCUGCGGUUUCCAUGGAGGAUUUGAGCCCAGAUAAAUGGUCGCUAGAGGCCAAGAUCAGCCUUCCUUCAAAUCUUAAGCUGUGUACUCCUGAUAUCGAUUUGAAAGAUGAAAUCAUCAGAGUGCGGCACAAAUUGAUUGUGGAUAUCAAUAUCAUCAACCCUGAUGGUCAUACGUCUCAAAUAAAAUCCAAGUUGCCAGUCAUCUUCUACAUCAGUGGUAGGGAAAUGCUCUUAGGGCGGAAUGCCUAUGUCGAUCAUAACGGUAGGGUGAGGUUCAAAGUGGGCACCACUAAGUUGUUUCACCAACCCAGAGAAGAUGCACAAGAUUCAGAUGUGGUAUCAACUCCAUGUGAGGGUCUGUCCCCAUUACCAGCGCAGCAGUCUCAAAGCGAACAAGAUCAUCGGCAACCGCAGAUUGAUUCACAGGUGGCUCAGUCUGAGAGACAUCAUCAUAUUCACUGUCAUCAUCAUGGUAGUGAAGAGAUUCGUAUUGAUCCCAACUAUGACUUUGGCCGAGAACUCGAGCCUGACAGCCCAAAUAAUGAGGAUCUAGAAACUAGCCAGUUUCUUCCCUCGUAUGAAGACUCGAGCAGAGAUCUCUACUUGGAUCCUCAACUGGUUUCUCCGAUGGGUUCUCCGAUGGUGUCUCCUAUGCCCGUUUCGGAUGAAUCUAGUGCUGGUUCUUACUUCGACAUAGAUCCCAUGUUAUUACAUAGGGCGCCAAAUUCAGUUUCCUUGUCUCCAGCUAUCCAGUAUAUUUCUAGGGUUAACUCUGCUGUUGGCAUUCCUAAAUUUGGUGGAUUCAUUAAUAAGGUUCCACCCUAUAACUCUGUCUACGAUUAUGAUUAUUCUGUCAGUACGGAUCCUGCUCCUCCGUAUGAGAGUAUCAGUACUCCCGAGACCGAUACCUUGAGCGAAGAAGGGAGUGGGAUCCUCGGUGAAAUUCAGAGUGAGGCUACUAGUGAAAUAGAGUUUUCUGAUCAUCUUAUAAGAAAAGUUGUUGAGGGAAGACAUAAUAUGCCCAACAUCGGUUCAUCCAGGACCCAUAUUAACACUACUGGUAGUCAUCUUCGUUUGUCAAGUCCUUCAAGCUCUGAUUCCAUACCACCGCUACGCAAAACUCUCUCUUCUACACAAUACCGUCUCCCAGUCGCCGGCUCACAGGGUUUCUACAGAAAUUUGAGCUCAGAUCAUAUAAAUCAUCGACCAGUUAGUGCCACAUCGUCGUCAGCGAAUUCGACGAAACAGGAACCCGUCCGCUUAAGUGCACCUCCAAAAACUAUCUUCUCUCUCAAUCUUCCUUCUGAAUUGCAUGAAAAGAGUGAAGAGGGGACCUCAUGA